CAAAAACAAAACAGAAAGACACAAACUUCCCGCAGAAAGAAAGAAAAAGAAAACGAGAGUUUAAAGAGUAAGUUGAAACAUUUUCUUGCUUUUUUAUCCAAUGGCCGACAACCAAGGGCAACCGCCGGGCCCCCUGCCGCCAGGAUCAUCGCAACCGUCGAAGCCCGCAGCGACGCAUGAUCCUCCUCGCCCCACGAUUACUCUCCCGCCGCGCACCUCUUUCGAAUCAAUCUUCAGCUCCGGCGCCGGCGGGAAUACUGGCCCGGGUCUGGGCAUGGGCUUCAGCCCCGGGCCCAUGACUCUCGUCUCCAACUUCUUCUCCGACGGUGACGACUGCAAGUCCUUCUCCCAGCUGCUCGCCGGAGCCAUGACGUCUCCAUCCCCGAGGGAGCCGGGGUUCCCGCAGCUAGAAAAGCGAAAUUCCGGCGAUAACGAUGGCGGCUCGGAAUUCCGGUUCAAGCAGAACAGAGCGCCGCCGAUGUUUUCGGUCCCGACGCCGUCCGGGUUUCUCGACUCGCCGGGUAUCUUCUCACCCGGCCAGGGACCCUUUGGGAUGACACACCAGCAGGCGCUAGCACAGGUCACGGCUCAGGCUGCUGCACUCUCACCAUCCUUUUUCAAUUUCUCAACCGAGUUUUCAACGACUUUCUCGACAGCACCCGCCACAUCGUUGACGCAGCCUCCAUCCCUUACUUCCGAUACAAUGCCACCCCAAGAGAUACCGUCGGGAACACCCGACUCUGCCGUUGCCACUAAAGAAUCAUCCGACAUUGCCCUUUCGGAUCAGAGAUCCCAACCGUCUUCAUUUGCCGUCGAUAAGCCUAAUGACGAUGGUUACAAUUGGCGGAAGUAUGGGCAAAAGCAGGUCAAGGGUAGUGAGUUUCCUCGGAGUUAUUACAAGUGCACGCAUCCAAAGUGUCCGGUAAAGAAGAAGGUUGAACGCUCGGUUGAUGGACAAAUAACUGAAAUUAUUUACAAGGGCGAGCAUAACCAUGAACGUCCUCCGUCCAAGCGUGGAAAGGAUCCGAAUGCAAAUAGUCAGGCGAAUUCCGACUUGGCCUUGCAAGUUCAUGGUGGGAAUUCGAACAAAUCAAAAGACGGGACAGGUCCUUAUUCAAUGUCUAAGAAGCGUCAGGAAUCCAGCCAAGCAACACAUGAUAAUUUAUCCGGGACAAGUGACAGCGAGGAAGUAGGAGAUGCUGAAACCAGAGUAGGUGAGAAAGAUGAAGAUCAACCUGACACCAAGAGAAGAAAUACAGAGGUCAGGUCAGAACUGGCGCCAGCUUCUGCACAUCGGACUGUGACAGAGCCUAGAAUCAUAGUGCAGACAACCAGUGAAGUCGAUCUCUUAGACGAUGGCUACAGGUGGCGAAAGUAUGGGCAGAAAGUCGUCAAAGGAAAUCCCUAUCCACGGAGCUAUUACAAAUGCACAUUCCCUGCAUGCAAUGUCCGUAAGCACAUAGAGAGAGCCUCUACAGAUCCUAAAGCUGUCAUAACGACAUAUGAGGGAAAACAUAAUCAUGAUGUACCAGCUUCUAAAACAAGCGGCCACUACACAGGCAACAACAACGCAUCAAAUCUAAGAUCAGUCAAUCCAGGAACUGGGAAGAUGGACAAGAUCGAUCUUAGAAACAAGGACCAGCAGCCUAUAGCAAGUUUACGUUUAAAAGAAGAACAAAUAACAUAGUUUCUGUGAGUUUCAAUCAGGAAAGCAAGCACGAGGAAUCAGAGAAUGGAAAAUUUCCACGAAGCAGGCAAAAGUUGUAAGUGUUACGUUUGCCCGAAUCUGUUUUUCACUUCAGGCCGUAGUUUUGAUCAAGGCCCAGUUUCCGAAUCGCUAAUGUACAAAGGAAAGAGGUAAUUAUGAAAAAGAAUAAAGGAGAAGGAAGAAGUCAGGUCAAAUUUUUGUUGUACGUAAACUAGUUAACAAGCAUACUCUGUUGAAAUUUACAACUUCUGUUUAUUCUUUUGUAUAUGGAAGCAGUGAUGUUGUUUUAUAUGAUUAUUUACCCUUGUAUUUGGUAAUAAUGUAUCGAUGUUUGCCUGAAA